GUCCCGGCUAUCUGUCGUUACUAGGUUGGCAGAUGAGUGCCCACAACGACGACAAGGGAGGUCGAACACGAACACGUUGCGAUAGUCCUGAUGUGUCACGACCAAAUUCACAUGAUCCUGCUUCAACGUCGGCCAAACGUGGAAGGGAAAACAUAUCACGUUUUCACGAUCAGCGCGACAAACCUGCCAGUUCCCACCGCGAUCGUUCUCAGUACAAUGGCACAGGAACUGGAACUGAAACGGCAGAGUCGAAAUGUCGACAAGACAGGGAAAGAAGUGUGGCAGGUAAAACGGAGUCGCUUACGAGUGGGAGAGAGCACCACCGGAGGGAAAAUGAUGGCGGCAGGAGAGGAAGGGCGUCCCAAGACUCUGAUAGCGUUUCUAGUAGACAAUAUCAUUCAUUGCCGGUGUCCAGACCACCAAGAGAAAGAGCUGCUGCAGAUUCCGACGACGUUGCUAGCGUUUCUAGUCAACGAGCUCAUUCAUUGCCUGUGGUCAGACAACCAAGCAAAACAGCUACAGAUUUACAGCAAGACACACAACGUGGCGUUUCUUCAUUGGAUGUAACUGCUGAUUACGUUCGAGAGGGACGAAAUCGUGAAGAAACUAGGAAGAAGUAUUCUACACCACAGACAGAUCAAGAUGUGCAGCUCAGUCCCUGUCUAGUUACAGACGUCGCUGAUAGAGACAACGAACGGUACCAGUCAGAGGAGGGUCAGGGCUAUCCAGAACAUGAAAGGGAAGAUAGACACUUUGCAGUGGUUUACAAAGAGUUUACUCUUCUUGGAGUCUUUGAUGGACAUGAUGGCAGCAAGGCAUCUGACUUUGUCAGUAAACAAUUUCCUCAUAUUCUUGUACAAAGAUUAGAAAAGGAUCGAUUCUAUACUGAUAAACAAGUUGAAGAGUCAUUGCUAUCUGCACUCAGGGAAGUUGAAUGUAGUUUUUUUAUGACGCUAGACCCAUCUAUAUCCCAGAAGAUGUCACUACAGUCAGAGUUACCAGAGGGUUUAAACUCAUAUGAAGCUUUUCAACAAUUUCCAGAUGUUGUUCACGACUUGGCUGCUGUGAGUGAGAAACUUGCUGGAGGUACCACUGCAGCAUUAGCUGUUAUCCAUAACCAUGUUCUUUUUGCGGCUAAUGUUGGUGAUUCAAGAGUACUGCUUGCUCAUUGCAGUGAAAAGGGUGCAUUGUAUUGUCGUCAGUUGACUGUUGACCAUGACUGUGACAAUAAGGAUGAACUGAAGAGAUUAGAGGAGUUGGGCUUGAAUGCAAAAGUCAUCAUUCAGUCUGGGAGAGUAGGAUCUCAGCAAUGCACUCGAACAUUGGGUGACUACUCUGUCAAGGGUGGCUACAAAGAGUUUGACAUUUUAAGGGAGGCAAAAUCAGAACCUGUUAUUGCAGAACCAUAUAUUUGUGGAGGAAUUCAGUUGGAAGAGUGUCAUCAGUUUGUUGCAGUUAUGUCUGAUGGUGUUUACAAGACAUUUAGUGAAGCAACUGGUGAUAAAGAAAGUGCAAAUAAUGCAAUCUGUCGGAUGAUACAUACUGAAUUGAAAAAGAAACAUCCUGAUGUGAGAGAUGUUGCCAAACAAGUUUUGCAUAAUCUUAUCGAAAUGCACAAGAAGGAAUUCUUUGCAAAUCGAAAUCAGGAAUGCAGAAAGAGGGAUGACAUGACACUGCUUGUGUACAGUUUGCAAGGAGGCAUAUCCACGGGCACUCUGGUUUAUUUGCAGUCGGUUCAUGACCCGGAUGUGUAUCUAAAGAAGUCAAUCCUGCACAGAAUGGAUCGGGAUCGGUGGUGCCGAGACGAACAGCGGAGACUCAGCUGGACGGACGACAUUCCAACUUGUCUCUGCACGGGGGUCGGAUGUGCUACGAACCAGCGUUAUCACCGAGAUGGUGCACGCAGCGAGGUGCACGAGAUGGAAGACAUGAGUUUCAACCAUGUUUACGGCGAUACAAGCAUUUAUGGAGUGCUCGACGGGCACGAUGGCCGUAAAGUAGUGGAAUACGCACGUCAGCGAUUUCCAGUUGAUCUUCUAUUGGGAGAUCAGCUUUCCGCUUGCGACGGGUGCUCGUUGGAUGAGCUGCAAGUGAAAGCAGCACUCAGGAAUAGCUUUCUUCAGGUCGACAGAGGGUUCUUUAGCAAUAUAGACGCAGUUCUUGCGGAACGUGCUCAGUUGAUUUUCUGCUUACCAGAGAAGACGAAUGAUAUACAGACAUACCAUGAGCACCAAAUGGAGUUGGAUCGACUUCAUGAAAUCCAGAUUGAAGUGGCCGGUGGAACCACUGCAGUUGUUGGUCUAGUUUACAAAGGCAACUUGUAUGUCGCCAAUGUUGGAGAUUCAAGAGCGCUUCUUUGCACAUCAGAUUCCACUGGUAGUCUAUAUGUUCAGAAUGUAACAGUCGACCAUAAUAUGAAAAAUCCUAAUGAAGUGGCAAGACUUGCUAACAUUGGUUUAAAUGUUGAACAAUUAAUGAGAGGAAAUAGAAUUGGUGGUUUAGAGCACACAAGAAGCAUUGGUGACUAUGCAUUGAAAGGUGGAUAUAAGGAUUUUGAUAUAAUAAGUAUGGCGUCAUCGGAACCGGUGAUUGCAGAUCCUCAUGUUGUUGGGCCUAUUCCUCUUGGUGAAUCAGUCAGCUUCUUAGUGUUGAUGUCGGAUGGUGUUUAUAAUGCACUGGAAGAAGCAUCUAACUGUCCGGAUGUCAACAUGGAGAUUGCUAGGUUGGUAAGUGAUGAAUUGUUUUGUAACUCAAGUGUGACGAGUGCUGCUCAAGCAGUAGUGGACAAGAUCUGUCGUCUACAUUAUGAGUAUUUUAUGGAGGAGAGAGGUGUAAUAUCCGAACGUGGAGAUAUGACGCUGUUAAUUAGAAAUUUUCACCACGGACUGAAAUGUCGGACUUACUCUUCCGCUUCAACAAAUAGCAACAGUUCACGUGACACAAUAGAUUUGUCUCGGACACCACAAGGAGGAGGGUACUUUCAACCAGUCACUGUUCCUUAUUCUGAAACUAAUCCAUCCAACACAUCGCCCAGUCUAUAUAUUCCUGACAGUCGUUUCCAAAGCGGUUCUGGACUCUGUCCAACCAUGCGGUUGGUGCCUGUUGGAUCUUCUCAAUAUACGAGUCCGUCCCCUGUCAGUGCGUCUACUUUGUAUUCUGAUGACCCUUUCACUAUCUACAGUCCUGGUAGGAGAGACAAUCCUUCACAGUUGGAAACACCAUUAAUGGUGCCAACAUGUGCCUAUCCUGCUGCUGCAAGACAGACGAGUUAUGGUGAUUGCAAUAUCAAACCAAGCAGGUCAGAUACGUUUCAGUCAACAUAUGAUCGAGAGAGCAAUGGAAGACGGCGUGCUACUUCGUCAGGUCCUGUACUUCAUCCAAGCGGAAGGACUCUGGGAGAUGUGGAUCAAGCACGUGCCAGUCCGGUACAUUUUAUCAAGGGUCAUCGCAGGGUUCCGUCGGAUCCCUCCUGUGUUGCAAAGUCUUCUCCAAAGCCUCCACACCGUAAACUAACCUACCCAGUAGCAGAGCAAUCUGCAAUAUCUAGUCGAGGCAUGCAGAGACACAUAUCGUUUCCGUUUGUGACUGCUGUAGCACCGACUUGGUCAAGAAAGAAACCUGAUCGAGAAAGAGUCCAAGAAAUCAGUGAAGAGUGUGGUGGCUUACCAAGACAACGUUCAGAUCCGUUGAUUGCUGUCAGCUCAUCGCGGCAGUCUGCAUUGUCUCCAACUCCGUGUCGCUCGCAAACUCCUGGUCUCGAUUGUAUGACGUCGGACACUUCAAAAAUACAGUCCAGGACGUCCACUCCAUUAUCAGGCAUGUCGCCGUACCACACGCCUCCUAGUCCACCCAACCAAGCUGUUCAAGGAAAGCCGACUGGAAUGGGUGGAUCGGUAGACAGUGGUAUUAGCAACAUGGAGGAGUCUGAUCCAGAGCAGAGACAGACUGUAGACACAGCAGCAGAGGUGAAUGUAGUGUCACAUACCAUUUCAUGCAGGCCAGAAAAUGAAGGCACGGUGCAAGAUACUAAGACAAUAACACGUGAAGUGAACAAAGAGAAUGAAUCGGUUCCUUCACAAACAGAAAGAGAGGAAAGCCCAGACACAAGUGGACGGAUUGUUAGCUACUUGGAUUUUUCAGGUAUUAGUUUACCAGAUGAACUGUCAAGGUUUUUUGAUGGGCAUUGUCAAUAGCCAGUGUACAGUAAGCGUGCUAUAGUUAAUUAAAGUUAUAUUCCUAAUGUGGUUUUACAUAUCUGUAUAUAUCACUAGUGUAUAUUAUAAAAAAG